CGCUUGUGUCAUCAUCGUCAUGGAGCCGCUGGUCGACCUCGAUGGCUACGAGGGCUGGAGCGCGGACGCGACGACGCUCUUUGAGCUCCUGCACGCGCCCAUCGUAGACGCGCCACCGGCUCUGGUGCCCAGCGCCGGCGUGCGCAAGACCACCACCAACGACGACAACGAGACGAGCUCGGACGGCAGCAAGAACUCGACCGCGCAGCAGCGGUAUCGGAAGCGCCAGAAGCGCGAGCUCGACUACCUCCGUGAGCAAGUGGCUGAGAUGAGCGCGCACCUCUCGGUGCUCAAGAGCAUUCGCAGCUUGGAGACGGACCAAAGCUCGUUCUGGGAGAAGAAGGCGCGCGUGCAAAAGCUGAGCAGCCAAAAGGCCGCACAGGAGAACGCCCGACUGAAGGAAGCCGUCGAAGAGCAGCUCAAGAUUGCCGAGACGCUCGACCAGCUGCUCGUGAAGCGGCCGAAACUGGCUGCUUUUCCGACCAUGGACACGGUCGAGUGGAAGAUGCGCCGCAUGCCACUCGAUGAUGCGGGCCGCCACGCGUGCUUUCACGCGCUCAUGGCCGACGUCUAUGACCGCGUCGACACGAUGCUGCUCCAACGCGGCCUCUUUGACGUGCCGGACGGCCACAAGGCGUUCAACGUCUCGGCCAACGCGGCCGAAGACGCGAUUUUGAUCGACGUCCAGGCCGUGAGCCUCAUUCCGUCGCACUUUAUGAGUGCAGGCAUGCACAUCUGGUCCAUUUGGUGCGACCCGAACCACUCGGCGCUCAAGGGCAUCUUCGAAUCCAAGACGCUCGAGCAUUUCGGCAACGACACGACGUACCUCGAGCAAAUCGAGUCGCUGCGCGGCGGGCGGCCGUACCUGCGCCGACUCUCGGCCAUGAAGCGGUUUGUCGAGGAAGACCGCAUCGUCUUCGUCAUGAACACGGUGCUGCAUGACCCCAAGCACCCACCGAUCGACGGGCUCUACAGUGGCAAUGACGUGGUCACAUUGGUGCUCGAGCGUGUGAGCGACACCGAGUCCCGGCGACGCCUCUGCUUCCACGGCCAACUUCCGAUCGCGCCGCCGCCGGGCAGUCCGCUCGUUUCGAACCCGCGGGACCUCAUCUGCGACUUUAUCUUGCACGAAGUCACACACACGUUCGAUGUGCUCGACCAAGUCAUGCAGUGAUGGCGUCCGAUGCGUAGCCAACGUCACACUUCCCUAGCCCUACACCAAUAACUUAUCGAGCAUUUUGCGUCC